CACACACACACACACACACCCUCCUCUCACGCCCUUCCUCAACACACACAAACACACAGUUUCUUUUUCAAUGCGUCAAAAAUGUUGCGGGUGAAAUUUUCGUCCCUGCUGCUCCUCUGUCUCUCUGCAGCUGCAGGUCAGCAGGGGACAACAGUGAAGCCUGGAGAGGAUGCCACUCUUCAGUGUCACUGUCCCAGUGAUGCUGCCGUCACGGUGUUAGAGUGGGUCAGACUGGAACAGAAGUCAGAUGGUUACGUGUUCUUCUACCGGAACAACCGGUUGUACGAGAAAUACCAGCAUCCGUCUUUUUGUGGUCGAGUGGAGCUGAGAGAUCCAGAGAUGAAGGGCGGAGACGUGUCUGUGACUCUGAAGAACGUCACCAUCAAUGAUGCUGGAACAUACAACUGUACAAUUAUCAGCAGCAAAACAGAGAAUGGCCAAAGAACAACCACUGAGUUCAGCGACCACGUCAGCCUGACUGUCACAGACUCAGUUCACUCAGCUCCACUCAAGAUGGCUGAAGGAAACGAGGAUGAAGGAGACAUGGAUGAAGGAGACAAGGAUGAAGGAGACAAUGGUGGAGGAAACGAGGAUGGGAGAAAGAUUCAGAAACUUGUUGUACCUUUGGCUUGUGGGAUAGUUGCUGGUAUGUUACUUACUAUUGGUGUUGUCUUUAUCAGUUAUAAGUUGAUGAACAAACACACAUGUGGGUCGUACAAACAUGCUCCUGUCAAGACAGAGGCCUGAAAGUGUCAGAGCGCUUUACUCAUGAAUGUUUACGUGUUCUGCUGGAAGACUGACAACAGGGCGGUAAUGGCUGAUACCACCAAGUUGUGUUUUUUCAAUUUGGGUGACCUAAGCAGGCAUUGAUCUGCAGGGUUGUGUCUGGGAUUCUCGCUAGGUGCCCUGGUGCCCCCCCACAGUCCAAAGAUCUGCAGACUUGUCAGGUUCCUGUAGGUGUGCUGCUUCGGUUCAUCCAGAGAAUAUUGGUCGGGCUGUCGACAGCUUUAGAUCACAUCCUUUAAAACAUGAUGGUGUACGACACUGCAGGACGCUCAAAAGUCACAGUCAGAAAAAAAUAACAAUAAAAAUAACCACUAGAAGCACUCAUAUGGCACUUUGGAGUUUGGUUCUUGUUGUCCUGGGCUUGUACCCUCAUGGUUGAAUGCACUUAUUGUAAGUCACUUUGGAUCAAAGCUUAAUGAAAUGUAAUGUAAAGUAAAAGAGACAUCGACAUAUUUGAGCAUUUAGCAGCUAAAUAGUCUGAUGUUUUCAGGAGGAGGAGGAGACCAAACACAGAGAAAAAAGAGAAGGAACGCUGGACUUCAUGUGACACAAACAAAUCACAUGAGCCAACGUGUUGAUCAGCGGAAAUAUUCAGCUGUUUGAUCACAAGUGUGGGGUGCCGAACGUCCCCUCUGUCCGUGCUUUUACUGUGGAGGAGGAGGUUCACAGGAAAUGCAAAGAGUUCCUCCUGGAUCAGACCUGGUCUUUACAGGCCGGUAAAAUCUAAAUCAAUUUUACUGAUCAACACACAGUGAAACACUUUUCUGUUUCUGAGUUUCAGUCAAAUUCUAAGACACUUUUAACAAAUCAAUAAUACUAAUAAUAGGAUAGGAUUUUAACGUCAGAAACAUUUCAUGUGCUAUGUUGUCGUUAUGUUGAAAAUGUGUUAAUGUGAACGCGGCAGGAAGCUGAACGUCUGUUAGGAUGCUGCAACAAGUCGAGUGCAUCUUUAACUAAAACACAACACUGACAUUUUGCAAGUUGUAAAUACUUAAAAUGAAUAAAAUGAACGUUGAUUUAAUCGUCAGCAGCAGAACAGGUGAUCAUAUCAGGAAUAAAGGAGUCAAACAGAAAGAUGAAUGUUAUAUGACCAUGAAUGUACUUUUCUGUUAUCGGCAUUUGUAUAUGUAUAAAAUUAUACUUUACACAUUUUUAAUAAAAACAUUUUUAAAGAA